GCCCAUCAAACCCAAAGAUGAAGUUGGACGUAUUCUUACAGCCAUUGAUACACGAGUUAAAAUCUCUGUGGGAGGUUGGUGUGAACACUUACGACAUAUCGUUGAAGCAAAAUUUCCAGAUGCGAGCAGCUCUGAUAUGGACUAUCAGUGAUUUUCCAGCGUACGCUAUGUUGUCUGGGUGGGGUACAGCUGGGAAAUUGGCAUGUCCACAUUGCAUGGAGAAUACAGAAGCAUUCACUUUGCCGAUGAGUGGAAAACAAUCGUGGUUUGAUAAUCAUCGGAAGUUCUUACCUCCUAACCAUGUGUUUAGGAGAAACAAAACUUCAUUCUUGAGGAAUAAGACAUGCAAUGUUGGUCCACCAGAACAAAGAUCAGGAAUACAAAUCUUGAAUCAAAUCGAGGGGUUAGGCUUCGUGAAGGUUACCGAAGACUUCGAUGGCAGGAACGCUCAACUCGCCAAAUAUCAAGAUGUAGGGUGGAAAAAGAAAAGCAUAUUUUGGGAUCUACCCUAUUGGAGAUAUCUUUUGAUUCGACAUAAUCUGGAUGUCAUGCACAUUGAGAAAAAUGUGUUUGAUAACGUGUUUAAUACUGUCCUGAAUGUGAAGGGGAAGACAAAAGAUACAGAAAAAUCUAGAGAAGAAUUGAACACCUUCUGCAAGCGGAAAGAGUUGAAGAAAGUGGAUGGAACUCGAGGGUAUCCGAAAGCAUGUUAUACGCUUGACAGGGAAGAGAAGAAGAUCUUACUCCAAUGGAUCAAGAGUCUUAAGUUUCCCGAUGGGUACGUGUCAAAUAUUAGUAGAUGCGUUGACAUGAACGCCCUGAAGAUGCACAACAUGAAAAGUCACGACUGUCACGUGUUCAUGCAAAUCCUUCUGCCUGUUGCAUUUAAAGAACUUCUUCCUAAGAAUGUUUGGGAGGCAAUUACAGAGUUAAGUUUCUUCUUCAGAGAAUUAACAUCCCGCAACGUGGCCAUAUAUGACAUGAGAAUACUGAGUGAGAAGAUAGCUGUUACUCUUUGCAAACUUGAGCGUAUCUUCCCGCCUAGUUUAUUUGAUUCAAUGGAGCACCUACCAGUUCAUUUGGCAGAUGAGGCACGAUUGGCUGGUCCAGUGCAAUAUCGGUGGAUGUAUCCUUUUGAAAGAUAUUUGAGGACAUUAAAAAAUCAUAUAAAAAACAAAGCCAAGGUUGAGGCGUCCAUCGCCAAUGCAUACUUACUUGCAGAAAUGUCAACCUUCUCAUCGUUUUACUUUGAAGAUCAAAUAUCUACAAAGUGGACAACUUUGCCUCGCAAUAUUGAGAUGCCCGUUGCUGAAAAUGAUGAUCCUCUUUGUCUCGCCAUAUUCAAACCUACUGGGCGUUCACUUGGCCGAGGGACGAAGAGAUACAUGGAUGAGCGCGAAUGGCAUGCUGCACACAUGUAUAUUUUGAGCAAUUGUGCAGAGGUUGCAGAGACAUAUAGCAAGAUCUUCAAGGAGGAAAAACGAUAUGCAAAUCCUUACAUGACUGAUGCAGAGUUUGAAGUCGCGUUUCACAACGAGUUUAUUCUGUGGUUUAACCAUUACGUUUGUCGUCCUUGUAACGACGAGUUGAACCCUUAUAUUAGGUCGCUUGCAGCUGGACCAUUAAGGGAGAUUGAAACAUACUCCGGCUAUUUCGUGAAUGGCUACAGGUUUCACACAACUGAUCAUGAUAGAGAGAGUGCGACUGUGAACAGUGGCGUUUGCAUAAAAGGUUCGGUCUAUGGUAGUGAUAGAGAUGUGCUAGACUUUUAUGGGCGUCUGCAAGAGGUUUGCGUGCUGGAGUAUCCGGGGUAUCCAAUUAAGCAGACAGUCUUGUUCAACUGUGAAUGGUUUGACUUGUCGGCUCAGGGAACUUCUAUUGAUACAGACUUCAAAUUAGUUUCACUGAACCACACACGAAGAUAUAAGAAGUAUGAUCCCUUUGUUUUGGCGAGUCAAGUAGUUCAAGUGUUUUACUGUCCCUAUCCCAGUACGAACCAAUCAAAGAAAAAUUGGUGGUCAGCAUGCAAAGUCAACGCAAGAUCUAAGGUUGAAGUGUCUACUGCAGCAUCUACAUCAACAUUAGAUCAACCAUUUCAAGAAGAAGUGGUUACUAUUAUGCCUACUCACACAAGUGUAGGCAUUGAACAACCACUUCUCCUUCAUCCCCUCGGUGGAGUCAUUGAGAUUGAAGAUGACGAUGAAGCAGAAGACGAUGAUUCCCCGUUGACAUCUAACGAUAGUGAUGAUGAUAGUAGUGAUGCUUAUGAAUAAAUGCAUCAUGUCUACCUCUCGAGGUUUGUUGGGAUUUGGGAGGCGAUCUGGCGUUAAUGCGCCAGAAGCUACAGCAGAUACAUCUGAUGGGUCUGGGACGCAUAUUUCUGGGACUCCCGAGACUCCCAAUGCUUCUAGUAGUUCACGGGCAAGAAGGCCUAGGGGCCCUACAGCUGCCGCUAUCAGAGAGAGAGAGGUUAAGGCACCUGAUGGGAGGACGGUAUUUCAGAGGCACGAAGAGACUGGGUAAGUACAUUAGUUAAAAUUACUGUUUCUCGUACACCAUGAUUAAGUGACAAAAUUACUUGUACACAGUGUUUUGUUGGAGCCCACUGGCCUGUCCAAAGCUUGCACGUGCACAUUUAAGAUGUUUGAAAACACAGGCGGGUACACAUGGAAGUUGACGCCCCCGGCGAUGAAGGAUAAAUUUUUUGAUGAAUUACAGAAAGAGUUUACGUGGAAGCCCGAGGAUGAGCAUGACGUGAGGAUCAUGUGGGAGACAAAAGCCCGCAAAAGGUACUCCGACAUGAUGAGCGACUACAAGACAACUCUCAAGCAGUGUAUCAGCCAAGGGAGAGAGAUGUCUAGGCCCGCUUGGAUGACUCCCGAUUUCUGGACUGGACUCCGGGAUUACUGGCAUCAGCCCGAGGUUGAGGCUGUUUCAACUCGAGCUCGUGCCAACCGGAUGUCCGAGCCCGAUGGGGAGGGUACAGGGAUCAGUAGGCACGUGGGCGGGUCCCAGUCGACUCGUAUCCUCCAGCAGUAUAUGAGCUUGGAUCCUGGUACUCCCCAGGAUGCACCGAACUAUGCCACCUUCCUCCGCCUCCACACGUACGCCGACGGAAGUUAUACGUCGGAGAGAGAUGCUAGAAUUGACGCCGAGGUUCAUCGACUGGCCGCUGCCACAGGACGU